UAAGUCGACAUCCACUCAUAAUUGAAUGUGGCGCAUAUAAUGCACCCACAAGUCACCGGUGGCUGAAAACACAAUCAUCGCGGGAUGAACGAGUGGUGAAUUUACGGCAAGGAUGGUCUAUUUAAAAAUAGUUGCUUCCUCCCUCGCCCUGCUAGUGUAUACUCGUCCGACGUCAUGAAACGUCAUCAGAAGUGUCCACUUAAUUUGAAGGCUGAGGGAGUAGGGUGUGUCUUUUUAAGCGUUUGGAACGAAGGCGUAGGAGAAAAAAAAGAUGGCGCUGCCCAUGUUAAGAGGUUGCAACUGUAGCAGACUGCCUUCAGUACUGAGUCGUUUCUUGAAACCUGAGCACGUUGUGCUUCCCCGGCCCAACAAGACCACCCGCCUGGCUCCUACUUUGUCCGGUGGUGGUGUGUCCACCGUCCGACCUUACAGCUCUGAUCGAGAUGGAGGUAAACAAAACCAGAAGGUGGUUGUGCUCGGCAUCCCCAACCCUUUAAUAUGGUUCCGAACCCGAUUAUACUACUUUUUGAUUCGGGUUUAUUUAGACGAGGAAUUCAACAUCGAAGAAUUCACAGAGGGAUCGAAACAGGCAUUCUCCCAUGUUUCAAGACUAUUGUCAGGGAGUCAAUUUGAGUCGCUUGAAGGUCUGGUUGCUAAAGACCUGAUUGCAAAACUGGAAGAGAAAUGUGCUCUGCUCCCUCCAAGUCACCUGCAAGCGCUUUCUGCAGAUCUGGAAGACUUGGUGUACACAACACCAGGGGAUGUUGGCAUCUAUUAUGAUGAUGACGGGCGGAAGUUUGUCAAUAUUCUGAUGAGAUACUGGUAUCUGACAAGUGCCCGGUUGCCUGAGGAAUCAUUGGAGGGAACACGUAUCUUUCAGGUGGCCAUAGGUGGUGAGGGUGAGCCGGAGACAAAGAGACUGCUCACAGCCAACUAUGAAUUCCAAAGGGAGUUUACUAAGGGGGUGUUGCCAGACUGGACCAUCACCAGGAUAGAGCACUCAAAGCUGCUGGAUUAAACUUGGAUUGAAUGGAGAUGGAGUGUGGUAGAGAAGCAGGAAACAGAAGACCAUCCUUCCUGCUCACCCUAUGAGAAUAUUCCCCCCCCCCACCUGCUAAAACCUUGAUGGCCCUCAGGAGCAAAACGACUCUCAAAGCCAAGACCAGGAGAGACAUGGGGAAUAUUUGAGGCCAACUUUCUAUCUGCCAGAAGUCACAUACUAUCCGCUGUAGAAAAAGUACAAAAGUCAAACAUGCCUCUUCGUAGUUUACUACUGUUCAGACAUCUAUGCAAGACCAGUUUUUCCCACUUGUCUCAGGCAGCACCGCAAUCUGUGGUCCAAACUAGGCUUUGUUUGUCAGCUCUGCUUUUAGAGCCUGAGAUUCUUCCUUCUGUUCAAUGGGGAGGGUAGACAAGGGGCACACAGAAAUUGUGAGAGAAAAAACAGAAUAAGGUCUGUAUUGAGAUUCUGUAGUCAGUCUUAGAUGUGCUUCUAUCCAAUCUUUUGGUAGAGCGUGCACACACUGUUUAUUCCCUGAGCAAACAUACUCUAACGUACUUGUACUCUUGCUAUCACAAUCAAGUUAUUUAGUGGAAAAAAUGACUUUCUUGAGAUGUGCUUUAUCUCCAGAAUAGUCCAUCAGCUGAAAAAUACGUGAUUGCUAAUUACUGUUGGAGACAAGUAUUGGUGUUCUUUCUUAGUGGGUGCACACAUGACUAGUAGUGCUGCGAUAGUGGGACAACAAACACAAAUUAAAAAAAAAAAAAAAUGGAUCACCCUGCCCAUUGUGCAAUUGUCUUUGGCAGAUUACAGCAGCAGAACACUGACUGUCACACGUUGGUCUCCUAAACAUUUGAGUGAUGUUGAAAUGUAUAGACUAUACCCCCCCCCCCCCCACACACCAAAAAAGAGAAAAUACAGGUUUUAUAUAUUCUUUAUCUCUCUCAAAAGUUUGAUCCCCCCACACCACAGUUCCCCAACAGCUGCCCCUCAACCAUCUGAGGAAAAAUAAAAUAAAGUCAAUGCAAUAAACUAAAGACAUCAAUCAUAACAGCAAGGCCAACUGAAUAUUUUUGAGUGCAUGUAUGGCGCUAUCUACGUGUGUGUGUGCAUUUGAAUGAGAGUGUGUAUAUGCAUGUGUACAAACACCUGCACGACAUCAGCCUCAGGAAAACAGGAAUUAGCUGUAACAACACUGCCCCUCGGUGUCAUUCAAACUUUUUGUUUUAUUUUGACCUACUUUUUUUUUGUUUUAUCUUUGACCAUCAUUCUAUCCUCCGCCAUGCAACUCCACUCCCACUUGUCUCCAAUUCCACAUCCCAACCCUCAGCUUCCCUCAGCCCUUAUUUGAGCUGUUCUUGAUAUAAUAUAGAUGUGGUCUUUUACCAAAUUGGGCAAUCUUCUGUAUACCACCCCUACCUUGUCACAACACAACCAAUUGGCUCGAAUGCAUUAAGAAUUAUAUAAAUUCCACAAAUGAACUUUUAAGAAGUGACUACCUCAGGAAGCUGGUUGAGAGAAUCUCAAGUGUGCAAAGCUGUCAUCAAGGCAAAGGGUGGCUAUUUGAAGAAUCUCGAAUAUAAAAUGUUUUUACUUUUUUGGUUACUACAUGAUUCCAUGUGUUAUUUCAUAAUUUUGAUGUCUUCACUAUUAUUCUACAAUGUAGAAAAUUACUAAUAAAGAAAAACCCUUGAAUGAGUUGGUUCUAAAACUUUUGA